CACAAAUAACAAUUUGUGUACAUUUCUUUUAAAGAAAAACAAAAAUAAUAAUCCAAAUGUAAUGGAGAAUACAACUAAUAGCGUUACUGAUGCAGAUAGUACAGAAACGAAAUUUCCAUUGACAAAUGAUUCUUUAAAUCCCAACGAUAUUGAUGUGAGUUUGUACAGUACUGGGCAGUGUUCAACUGCCUACUCUUCUGAAUUAAAGAACAAAACUGAUGGAGUUUCAAAGCUGGAAGAUGCCGAUAUAAAAGCGGAAAAUGAGGGGUACAAACAUAUGCCAGUUCAUAUUAAGGAGGAGUAUUGUGAGUUCAUUGCAUUGAAUGCGGAAUCGAACAGCGAUCUGCCGGAUCCCUUAUUGACCAGUAACGCAACAGAUAAACAAAAUUCAACAGAUCAAACUGAAUCAAACAAAAGAACUCGUAAACGUGGUUAUAAUCGAAAGGCUAAGACAUGUAAACUGGAUAAAGAUAGCACAACUUCGGAAGAUUUGGAAACAACAGAUUUAAAUUUAGAUAAUAGACGUAGUUUAGUAGCGAAGCAAACGCGUGAUCGCCGCGCCCGUGAAACACCAGAACAAACCGAAUCCCGACUACUUAGACAACGGGUCGCAACAAUGAAGAAGCGUUUAUUGCAGCAAUUAAAGCUAACGGAAGAUGAGUGGAAUGUUGAAAAACAACGUAAAACAGUUGAAAGGCGGUUAUCACGCCAAAAGCAAAGAGAAAAUGAGACUCCUGAACAAACUGCUGAACGCAAGCGUCGUCAGGCGCAGCAAAAAAUUUUAUCUAGACACCGUUUAGAAGCUUCAGAAACCCCAGAAGAAACAGCUGCGCGCUUAGCAAUGCAACGGGAAUAUCAAAAUAAACGAAGCCAAAUAAGAAAAUCAAAAGAGACACCAGAACAACGUGCAAAACGGAAAGCAAAGGAGCAGUACUACAGAGAUUUAACGAAGCAGCGUAAACUAGCCGAUCCUUCAAAACAAAACAUGGAUGAUGAGUUGAAAAAGUUACUUAAAUAAAUUAUGUAUAAUAAAUUAUAUUUAAAUUAAGAAAAAAUUUAGAAGUGUCUAAUGCACUUUAUAAAAUAUUUUAUUAUAAGAUUUUAACAUUUCUUACUGCUAUUUAGCAAUGUCGAUUGUGAUAAGACUACCCUGAUUGGCACAAUACCAACAAACAAUUCCAUAUGCUAUCGAAGAUUAAAUGCUGCUAAUAACUUCUGUCACAAGAAAGGUAAACGAAAUCGGUUUCCCAGAAAUUGGUAAUGUACAUGAUUUAAGUAGAAUCCGAUAUUGUCAGCAACCAUCAAGUGCCGCUCAUAGCCUUCGUUAUUGUUUUUACGAAAGCAGCCUUCCAAAGAAACGGGGAAUAACCCAAGCUGUAACAGUUUGCAUUCCUCUACAGUGACUGAAGUUAAAUAAUUUAUUUCUAUUAACUUAAUUUUAAUAAUUAUUGUUCCAACUCAAGCAGAGAAUGCAUUGAACUUUAUUGAUAUUUACUUUAUUCAUGAGACUUUAUUUUAACAUUAUGGACUAUUCAUAACAUGACAAUUACAGUUUUGUUGAAA